UCUGAAUCCUCAGAUUUCUACCUCGCCAAGAUAAGCUGGAUUUCCAUGGUGCGGACAUGUUCCUUGAACCAGGACCCUCUGCUGUAGUUUCGAACAGUUUCCUGCAACUUGUCCUUCUGGCAUUUCCUUCCUUGCUGAUUUGACUGUUGGGAUAUAUACAGGAUAGUUGAUCUGGGGGCUCCCUGCUUCCCCAUGGCAUGCUGUUUCAAGUCCCACCACCAUGGAAGCUGGACGCUCAACACUCCUCUUCCAGAUGAUGAAGCUGAGCAGCACCACGGCACAAUGGUGGGAGAGGGGGGCAGCACGGGGGACAGCACCCCUCCCCCAAAGCGCAAGGGCAAGUUCUCUACCCUUGGCAAGAUCUUCAAGCCAUGGAAGUGGCGGAAGAAGAAAAGCAGCGAGAAGUUCAAGGAAACUUCAGAAGAGCUGGAGAGAAAGAUGUCGACAAGGCGUACGAGGCAGGAGCUUAUAGAACAGGGAGUGCUGAAGGAGGUCCCGGACAAUGACGCAGAUGCAGAUUCACAAAACCUGAAGCCUCCCUACGUGAAAAAUGGUCACACUCUGCCUGUGAGCGCCGGGGUCGGAGGUGGAGGCGGAGGCGGAGGAGUCGUCAGCAGUGCCAGGAGCCCAUGCAACCAGAGUAAACUCCCACCUGAGUCAGACUUUAGGAUGAACCCGGCCUGGCUCACCCAGCCAGACGAACGCAGGGGCCGCCCUCCCUCGGACGUAGACCGCCGGGGAGCUCUGUGCUCCCGGGGUACAGGACUGCAUGAAGACGGGCGGAGAGGGGGAGGGGUGAUGGGGGCACGUGCACACGGGGAGGGCGAGUGGAAGCCUAACAUGGUCUGGCAGGGCCAGAUUCACAGCCACAUGGAGGAGGGCAGACGUGGAGGCCGGCUUCACCCCGAGGACGGGCAGAAGAGGCCCGGGCUGCAGAAGGCCCCAUCGGAGGACUGCAGGAGGAGUCGGCCUAUGGAAGCGGACUGGAAGCCCACACUCCCUCGACAUGCAUCAGCCGAGGAGGGAAGGGCCCACAGAGAGUCAGACAGCCAUUUUAUCCCUGACCCGGAAGCCCUGCGGAACACCCUGCGUGAACCUCUGCCACCUAAACAGCCUGUCAUGCCUCCAAAAUGGCUGGUGAGCCCGGCCCCUGACCCAGACAGCGAGGGUCUGCCGCGCACCCCAUCCAACCACCCCGCGACCCAGUACUCCUCUCCCUCCGCCUCCUUGGCGGCGGCGUCCAAACCUGUUCGGUGCAUCUCCUCUGCGGGUGCGUCCACUCAGCCGUCUUCCGCAGCCCCGACCUCCACCUCUCAGGCCACCAAGCAGCCCCCGCUGCCUCCACCCAAGCCGGUGAACAGGAACAACGCCGCCAUGCUGGUCUCCGCCCUGCAGGGGGGAGAGAACGCUCAGCUUCCGCUCUACUGGUCCUGCUGGAAGCGAGAGUGCGACUAUGAUGUCUACCUGUCCCUGCCCGUCUACCUGUGCCGACGGGCCGGAGGCCUGCGCUCAGGUGACUUCAGCCAAGCCACCGGGGGUGCCAGUCUUAUGCCAGCCAAGCCCUCUCCACCGAUGCCCCCGAAAAGGACAACCCCCGUCACCAAACGCAAUAUGGAGGACUCCUCUGCCUCGAGCCAUCCCAUUAACCCCUCACCGCUCUCUCUGGAGGACCACAGCAGCCUCCCUGUGGGCUUCCAGCUGCCUCCACCUCCUCCCUCCCCUCCCCUGCCAACUCACAUACCACCUUCUCCACCCCGGCAACACAUACACACCCACCACCUCCACCAUCAGCAUUCCUACCCCCACCCCCUGCCUCAACCUAUACCCAUGCUGUUUGACCCACCAAGCCCGACCAAUGAGUCUCCCCAGCGCCCGGCUCCUGUCCCGCUGCAUAUCAUGAUCCAGCGAGCCCUGUCCAGCCCCGGCCCGGCUCAGCCGCAUCCAGACGGGUUACAGCGUGCACACACUCUGCUUUUUGAAACCCCUCCGGAGUACCAAGGAGAUCGCAGUCGCCCCCUGCCUGUCAGCAUCCAACCACUAAAACUAUCUGAAGAUGACUACUCAGAGGAGGAGGAGGAGGAGGAGGAAGAGGAGGAAGAUGACGAAGAAGAGGAGGAGUACGAUGGGGAGAUCCCCCAGCCGGAGCUGGAGCCACGGAGUCGCCGGUGCUUGGUCGGUGAUGCGGGUGUUUGUGUCAUCCCAGGGGGAAAUAGCAGCGAUGAGGAGGAGGAUGAAGAAGAAGAAGAGGAAGAGGAUGAGGAAGACGAGCAUGACAUGCACGAGGAAGACAGCGACUCGGACGGUCCUGUGCUUCAUAAAGAUGAAGACUCAGAUGAGGAUGAGGAGGAUGAACCCCCACCUAGUGCCCUGGCCAGCAGGGUCAAGAGGAAGGACACUCUGGCUCUGAAGCUGAGCAGCCGUCCCUGUGCUCCAAACAGGGACAGGUUCACCCAGGACAGGAGCAGCAGAGACGACCAGCCUCCAGGACAGACCGGCCUCACCUGGCAGAGCAGGGAGCAGUGGGAGGCCAUCCGCACACAGAUCGGCACUGCACUCACAAGACGACUUAGUCAGAGACCCACAGCCGAGGAGCUCGAGCAAAGAAACAUCCUUCAGCCCAAGAAUCAGGCUGACAGACAAGCUGAGGUUAGAGAGAUCAAGCGGCGGCUGACCAGGAAGCUGAGUCAAAGACCCACAGUCGCAGAACUACAGGCGAGAAAAAUCCUGCGGUUCCACGAGUACGUGGAAGUCACAGACGCCCAAGACUAUGAUCGGAGAGCAGACAAGCCGUGGACUAAGCUGACUCCAGCUGACAAGGCGGCUAUCCGGAAAGAGCUCAAUGAUUAUAAGAGCACUGAAAUGGAAGUUCAUGAAGAGAGCAGAAUUUACACAAGGUUUCAUCGGCCUUAGCGUCUGCGUCCCCCCCGCCCCUUCUUCAUGGAUAGUGAAGCACUUAAGAUCUCUGUGGCAAGAGGCUGCUCCCUAUGCAGACUGAUGGCCCUUUAUGUUUCUCGAAUGUACUGUACAGAUCAUCAGGAAAAGCCUGGAACUGACUCAAAACAAGAAUGCUUCUCGCUUGCCCUCCAUCGCCCUCUCACUACAUUGCUAUCACUUAACUGAGGCGGUGGUGGGUGAGGCCCCCAGAUGCAGUAUUUCUCCCGGACGACAGGGGGAACCACGUGCCAAUGAAGUGGAGAAGUGGCAGAGGACCUACAGGGCUUAUUCUCACUCUGCUGUUAUGUGGUACCCCUCAGGGACUUGGAUCUAGUUACAACCUUUAAUGCGGCCUCAUUCUGUGUUGCCUUUUUUCUUCUUUACUGUAUAUGGAAAAGCUAAUUCAUCUUGUUAAUCUAAUAACAUACAAUAAUAAUAGUAAUAAUAAUGAUGAUGACUUAUAAUACUCCACACAGUAAUAAUAGAUAAUAGGGACAAACGGCAGCAGCGAGAGCAGGCUGGAGAAUGAAGACUGGGAUAUUCUGUUUUAGGACUGGACAUCUCUGGGAUAUUGUAUGUGUUUUAUAUUAAUUGUGUACAGACUGCUAUUGUGAUACCUUAGAAUGAAACUUGGAGCGAUAUAAUUACAAAAUAAUCUGUAAUGCACAAGAUAUUUUAUAUUGUAAUUUUGAUCACAUGAGUAGUGACAGCUUUUA